UCAUGGGCAUCUGCAUGGUGUUCCUCACUCUCUGCCUGGCGCUCAUCAAGGUGCUUGCAUGCUGGAGGGAGGGCUGAGGGCGGGAAGAGUCCCAGAGCUCUCGUUCCGCAUCCGCAGGGCUCAGGCAAGCUCGCACCUUUGGCUGGGGCCGGCACAGCUGGCUGAGGAUGGAGCACAGAGCACGGGAGCACUGCCUCGUGUCUUCUCUGCUCAGAGCCUGGGUGUUCCUCCAGAUCCUGUCCACCAUGGCCAGGCGCCCUCGGAGCAGCAGAGCUUGGCACUUUGUCCUGAGCGCAGCCCACCGAGAUGCGGAUGCCCGGGCUGUGGCUCUGGCGGGGACCACUAACUGGGGCUACGACUCAGAUGGGCAGGUGCUUCCUUGGGGCAUCAGUGCCGUCGACCUGCACAUGGUGACAGAAGGCAGGGGGCACGCCAGACGGGAGCAGCUGGUCCUUCUCUCGCAGCACAGUGACUCCGAUUCCGACCCUGAGUCCCCCACCCUGCCACCGCCCAUCCCCAGCGCUGUGCCUGUGACCGGGGAGUCAUUCUGUGACUGUGACGGCCAGAGCGAGGCCUCCUUCUGCAGCAGCCUGCACACGGUGCAUCGCGGCAAGGACAAGGACUGCCGCUGCGGGGAGGAGGACGAGCAUUUUGACUGGGUGUGGGACGACCUGAAUAAGUCCUCCGCCACCCUGCUGAGCUGUGACAACAGAAAGGUCAAUUUCCACAUGGAGUACAGCUGUGGCACGGCGGCCAUCAGGGGCACCAAGGAGCUGGGGGAGGGCCAGCACUUCUGGGAGAUCAAGAUGACCUCACCGGUCUACGGCACCGACAUGAUGGUGGGCAUCGGCACGUCAGACGUGGACCUGGACAAGUACCACCACACGUUCUGCAGCCUGCUCGGCAGAGAUGAAGACAGCUGGGGUCUCUCCUACACGGGGCUCCUCCAUCACAAGGGCGAUAAGAUGAGCUUCUCGUCGAGGUUUGGCCAGGGCUCCAUCAUCGGCGUGCACCUGGACACCUGGCACGGGACGCUCACCUUCUUCAAGAACAGGAAGUGCAUAGGCGUGGCAGCCACCAAGCUGCAGAACAAGAAGUUCUACCCGAUGGUGUGCUCCACGGCGGCCAAGAGCAGCAUGAAGGUGAUCCGCUCGUGCGCCAGCAUGACCUCCCUGCAGUAUCUGUGCUGCCACCGCCUGCGCCAGCUGCGGCCCGACUCGGGGGACACGCUCGAGGGGCUGCCCCUGCCGCCCGGCCUCAAGCAGGUGCUGCGUCACAAGCUCGGCUGGGUCCUGAGCAUGAGCUGCGGCCGCCGCAAGCCCCCUGCACCAUCCCCCGUGGCCACCGGCGCAAGCGUCCCCGAGCCCCGGCCCCACCCACGGAAACGCUGCCGACGGACCUGACCGCUUUCCGGGGGACGCCGCCUUCCCGGGGCCUGGUGGCCGCCUGCUCCACGCCCCUUCAGACUGGGCUCCAGAGGGCAGACUCACGCCCAGGGCGGUCUUGGCCGGUACGGGCCCCUGUGGUCCCAGGAGCAUUGGCCUCUGGUGUCGUGCGGACGUGGCCAGCCCGGCUCUCCCGGACCGACGGGGCUGAGGACACGGGCAGAGGCAGCCCCCGUGCUCGCUGCCGGCCCGCUCGCGUCCUUCAGCUGCUCGUGCAUGUCGUCAGCUGCUGUCCCUCUUGUCCCAGGCCGAAAUGACCGUAAUAAACUUAGACUCUACGUGAC